AAAAAUGCAUAUUUGAGUCUUUUUGGCUGUUUUAGUGGCGUUUUUGGUUGGCCAAGCUAAUUGUGAUAAUCUGAACUAUACAACCUGUAUUGAGAAUGAUGAUUGUAGUACUGGAUGUUGAGAGAACUAUUACUGCGCGGUUGUUGAUAACUGUGAGUUGAAAGAUGCAAUAAAGACCUAUGAAAACUCUCAGUAUUGAGAGCUAGGCUCUCACUGUAGCUCUCUUGACAGCAACAAGUGAUGCUACUUUGGUAAAUGAAAGGAUCGCCUAGAGUGUCUUAUGUACGUCGAAGGACCAGCACUUCUAUUCAUCGUUGUUGGAGCAAUGAUUUCAGUCUUAUUGGUCAAGCGAGCAACGAAGACGGCAGCAAAACUAGCAGAAAUUGAGAAGGAGAAAUAUGUGAAUAAGCUUCAAGAGAAAAUUAUUGAAAGAAAACGAAAAGAGUUAGCUGAAAUGAGAAGGAAAAUCAAAGAACAAGAGGCUGAAGAAGCGAAAAAGCCUAAAGAAGAAAUCAAAGAAGAGGGAAACACCAAGGUCAGUAAUAGGUAUGAUGACAACCAAGAUGAUGAGUACAAAACUCUUGAUGGCUACUUGCUUCAAAACCAAAAGAGUUCGAAUAUAUUCGAAGAUCCUAGAGAGCCUGACUUUAAAGUUGAAUUUGAGACUAAGAUUGCUCCUAGAGAGGAAUUUAAGUCAAAGGAGAGUGAAAGACCCCAACUUGAGUCUGAUCCAGAGAUGAAAGCUUUACAGACUCCAAAGAAGCCCUUCGGUGACAUCAUUUCAAAGCAGAACGAAAAAUAUUUCAAGAAAAUGAAGGACCAACUGAGUGUGGUUGAUAGGAGUAAAUUGAAUUUUUAA